GAGCCUUGCCCACAUGUCUUUCACGUCACAAUACGGACUAAAAAGUCCUUCUCAUUCCUUUCUAGAGAGAACCUUGCAUAUGGAAUAAGGUUGAAGUCUACGGGAAUCUUCACAUCAUCGGCUUCUCUGGAUGGUUACACGAAACCUAGUUCUGGUAGAAAGGACUCAGACUUUCCAUCGCCGAGUACAUUCCAGCAGAAGAAUCCACACUGUCCUUGGCUCUGCACGUUCGUCGACCAUGCUUCCAACUUCCCACAUCCACUCACUUGCCUUGAGGCGAACGAGGCAAACUUUUACUAAGGACCUUAAUUUCUCAAUCUAUUGGAUUUUCCGUGCCAAUCGAAUACCCUUCAACGAAUGCACCUGCCGCCAAUCCGCACAAUUAGAGUUCAAUCCGAAGGACUAUGCAGCUGGUCAUGAACAACAGUCCGUGGAAACAUGUUGCAGCUUAUUCCUUAUGCUGCAGCGAGCAGUUGUACUUGACAUAGAAGAUAUGCAGUUAUUGAUAUAUAAAGCUAUGCCUUGGGAGUGGUUAGAGCGUAUAAUACCAUACAGUUGCCGAAGAAAAGAACACCCAGUCUCACAAAAUGAGAUUACAUUGAUUUCCUUUCUCAUCCCAGACUAUCAAAGCCUCAGUCCAUCUCAAAAUAUCUCAUCAGUUCUUUCACUUGAAUGAGAACACUGGUGCCCCCCCAUCUGAUACCCACCGAAAGUACGGUCUCCAACACCUCCCGAGGUUUGAACAUCGACACCAUUAUCAUACCAAGUCUUCGAUCAACACCUAACUCAUAAAUCAUAACUUCGUCCCUUUCUCCAUUGAAAACAUUCUGAGUAAUUUCGCUCAGCAUUCA